UAUAUGUGUGUGUGUAUGUGUUUUUCAGAAUUAUCAUAUGUGCCCUAAAUUGAACUGUUGAAAAUUUUAUGCAAUUCUAAAGAUUUUUUGAAUGCUGACAACAGGCCUCGUGACUGGAACUGGAUAUUUGUAAAUAGGGGGAACGGGGCAUGUUAAAGGACGUCGAGGAGCUGAUUAAACGCCGCAAACUGACGUCGCUUCACAUGAACGACUACGGUCGCCAGUUGCCGUUGCCGUUACCGUUGCCGAUGUCGAUGCCCUUGCCGCUACCGUUGUCGUUGCCUCUGCCACUGUUGGCCAAGACGACGUCAACGCCAACGACAAUGUCAAUGCCGGCCACGGAGCAUGCCUCCAUGCAUACAACACCGCCCACAACGCCGCCCACACCGCCUCCGUUGCCGUUAAAUAUGUCAACGACAACAUCGGCGAGAACCCCAAAUAGUCAUAGUACACCUGCCACGCCCACUGCUGCGCACAGCUCAGGCUCAGCAGAUGGAGGAGCGGCAGCAGGAGCUGCAGCCCCAGUAGCCUCUGAUCACUACAGUCUGCGAUGGAAUAAUCAUCAAAAUCAUAUCCUGCGAGCCUUCGAUGCUUUGCUGCAAACAAAAACUUUGGUCGACGUGACCUUAGUUUGUGCCGAGACAUCGAUACGUGCCCACAAAAUGGUCCUGUCCGCCUGUUCGCCUUUCUUUCAGCGUGUCUUUGCGGAGACGCCGUGCAAGCAUCCGGUCAUAGUGCUAAAGGACUUUCGUGGCUGGGUAGUGCAAGCCAUCGUGGACUUUAUGUAUCGCGGAGAGAUCAGUGUGCCGCAACAGCGCCUCCAGACGCUCAUCCAAGCGGGUGAGUCACUGCAGGUUCGUGGACUUGUGGAGAGCUCAGUGCCCGAGCAUACGCCGACACCGGCCGCCUCGCCCGAUGACUUUGCUAUGAUGGAUGCGUCACCUCUGCUGUCCUCCAGCUAUGAGGAUGAGUCGCCCUCCAUGGUGAGACCAAGUGCAGCUAGUAAACAACUCAUAAUGCCCUCAAGACUGUUUGGCAAUCCGUCUGCUAGUGCAAUGCAAGCAGCGCUGAGUCUACGUCGGAAACGGGAUCAGGAAUGCAGUGAGCGCGAAUUGGAGAGUGACCAAGAGCUAGGCGGUAGUUCGCCGAUGCCGAGACGUAAGCAGGCAAGACCACGCAGACGGUCGGGUGACGCACCUCAUGACUUUGCCCUGAACAAGCCGGACACGGAAACUGUGAUCAAACAUGAACUACUUGAAAGAAUGGAGCGGGAAGCUGACCCAGAACCUGAAGAUGAACAUAAUGUGGCCGACGACGAUGAAGAGGAGGAGGAGGACAACAACAACAGGGAUGCUAAAGAGAGCCAGACGAGCGAAGAGCCGCCUAGCCAAAAGCAGCCCGAAGAAGUUGACCCACCUGAGAAGCCACAACGAAACAUUAAUGAGGAGGAGCUAGAUGAGGAAGAGCCCGAGGAUGAACACAUAGAGGAAGAGGAAGAAGAACAGGAUAUCGAAGAGCUUAUACACACCACAAAUGAAUUGAGGCGUCAGGCGGCGGCAGCGGCAGCCAAUGCAGCGGCCAUGUCGCCUUCACCGUCACCCUCACCCUCACCCUGUCCCAGCGAUGGACCCGAGGACCUUUGUACAACCAAGAAGGACAAGGAUGUUAGCAAUAAAAUUGCUGUCAAUAACUCCUUAUCCGAUACUGAGACCAACAACAACAACAACAAUAACAAUAGCUGUAAACUGCAGGACAACAAUCAACGCAUAAUGCUAUCCUUGAAAGACAUUCGGCAAUUGAAUGCCAAGCCGAAUUCCUCAUCGUCCACACCCAAUCACAAUCACAUACACCCACCCACGAGUUGUGCAUCGGGAGGAAAUGGACUGCUGUCGUUUCCCCCUCCCGGCAUGCGGCCACCAGGGCUUCCUGAUAGUCCGCCCUGCAACAUGGAAGCACUAGAAGCUCAGAUGCAUGCUGCAGCAGCAGCAGCCGUUGCUGCCGCUGGAGCAAGCGGCGAGCAUCCGUUUCAUCACAUGGAACAUCAGAUGGAAAUGUCACUGGCGGCAGCUGCUGCAGCAGCAGCAAUGCGAGAUCCACGAGAACCCAGAGAUCAGCAUGGUGGAUUUCCCGGCAAUCUGCUGGGACCCAUGGGAAUGCCGCCCUUUGGACCAAGCCCGGGUGGCCCCGGAACUCCGGGCGGUGCCAAUGGACCUGGCUGCCCCGGACAAGCACCACAUGAACGCCUCGAGGAGAGUAUGAAUCGUUUGAGCAAAGAGUUUGGCAAGGAAUUCAGCAAGGAAUUCGGCAAAGAGUUCGGCAAGGAGUUCGGAAAAGACUUUGAUCCCACAUCGCCUAUGAGUCUGCCUGGGCACUUCAAUCCACCCGAUGGACCACAUCCGCCAUCACCGCUGCCCUUUCCCGGUAUGUCAUCGGCGUUGACGCUAACGCCACCCCAUCACAUGUUUGGCCUAGACUCACCACUUGGCCUGUUUCCACCAGGCAUCGAUCCCGGCAAACUCUACAAUCCACUCAUGGAAAUGAGCGAUCCUCGAGAUAUGCCCGGCGGACCGCCGCCAUUUCUCAAAAAGAAAAUGCCACGCCCCAAGGGUCAGCAUUCAGCACCACGAGGUGGUCCACCGCGUUCAUGGACCAACACAGAGCUAACGGAGGCACUGCAACAUGUGUGGAACAAGAAAAUGACCACCUCUCAGGCAUCUCGCAUCUUUGGCAUACCAUACAACUCGCUGCUGAUGUAUGUGAGGGGCAAGUACGGCAAGAGUCUGAAGCUGGAACAGUUGCGCAAGGAUUGCAUCAGUGGGCCCCCCAUUGAGAUGCUGCAGAUGGGCAUCAGUGGUGGCGGCGGUGGAGGCUCUAGUAAGAGUGAGAAGCACAAGGAACGCAAGGAGAAGGAUAAGGAUAAGAGCGGAGGAGGUGGAGGAUCGGGCGGCAGUUCGAGUAAUAGUUCGGGCAGCUGCUCUAAUAAUGGCGGUAAUGGCCUGCCACCCAUGCCACAUCCAAGUGAAAUGGGUCCCCUAGGUCCUUUGGACUUGGAGCUGGGUUUGCCAUUGGGUCCGCCAGGAGGACCACGCAGUGGCAGUUCGGAGCCCGACCUUCUCGGUGGUCCCAAUCCUCUGUUCAAUCCCUUCAAUCCCCAAGGAUUCUAUCCAGAUUUCGCUGGCGGAUUCCCUGGUCUUCCCCUAAGCAUGCUGAAUCUUCUGCCGCCUGCCGAAAGACAUCAUGCAGCUGCGGCUAUGCACCAUUUGGGCGUGACCAUGGAUGAGGAUUGUAAAUCGGUGGGCUCCAAGCAAUCCUCAUCGCUGGACGAUGAUUAUCCUGUCCCCGGUCAGGGAUUGCCACUGCCCCUAACCGAACCGCGUAGAUCUGGCGAAAAUGGACCACAACAACUGACGCAAGCAAAUGGUUCGGGUAAUGGGCAGGAUUGAAAUAUGUGGCGGGAUUGGGGAGCUAUAACUGCCAAUCCAAUGUACUUCCCGCCAUUCGAUCUAGAGCUACAAGAGCAACAGGAGCAGGCCUGCCGUGAGUUCAAUUUCAAUCCGGGCCUUAUUAUGGCGAGACGCAAACUAAAACGGGAGCGUAUCAAGAAACGUCAAAUGCAGGUCCCUGGGCCCACAGUGGCUCCACCACCACCACGCCCACCGCUAACGCCCCUAAGAACUUAAAACUACUGUGAACGAAAACAAAAACGAUGUGAAGUUUAAUGCAAUAUUAUUUAGUUUAUAUAUAAACCCCGAAAAGCUUCCCACUCUCUUGACCCCCCCCCCCCCUUUCUCAAAAGAGACAAUAUUUGAUUUGACAACGAUUGAUUGGCUUAUAGUUUAUAUUUUAUAUAUGUUUAACUACUAAAAUAUGUAUAGUGUGUAUAUGUUUAUGAUUUUGGUGCUUUUAGUUCCUAUUCCACUUCCACAGUUUCUGUAAUCAUUUGUAAUUUGUUUUUAAAAAAAAGAAUUAUUUAAGUUUAAGGCUAAGUAAUUGAAUAUGACAAAGCUUACAAAGCAUUUGAGGCAAUAUAUUAUUUGUAUAUUCACACCGAUCUAUAUAUAUACAUAUAUA